CUCUGUCCGGAGCACCAUCUAGUGUGAGGUUGCAAGAACUGUCACGGAAGAAAGGGAAUUAUCAAAGCCAGAGGAGGGUUACAAAGACAUUUAUUUAGAGCAGACGGGGACGAGGGGUGGGAAAUAAUAUCAGUAAGAUCACGAUUAACAGCUAACUGGGGUGUCAGGGGUUGCCUGGGAAUUUCAAAGGGCUAAAGUGUUAAAAGCUGGGAUGUGUAAUUUUGUGUCUAAUUUCAGUUUAUUUAAUGGCAGGUAUUGGAAAUUCCACAGUAAAAAGGAAGAUAUAUUUAUUAGACAUAAAAGUUUCUUAAGCCUUCGACAGAGAUCGUUUCCGAGACCAUAAGUACAUUAAAAAAUAAGUUAUUUUUCUUUGAAGGCUGUUGGAGCCUAGAUUUUCUGCUGUUGAAGGAAGAGCGACUGUUGCUGAAACGCUGUUCCGGUUUAAAAGCCCUAAACUCGGUUUGACCUUAAAUCUAGUAGGAGGCUAAAUAUAAAACAGCAAGCCCAGAAGUUGGAGCCCUGGUUAUCGAUAGGACUGGCCCGAGUAAAAACACGGCGGAAGAUCGUCGCGUCUCAGCUUUAGAAACAUAUUUAUGUAAACGUUGUUUUUAAAAAUAUAUAGAUUAAAAGAUGAAACUACUUGAAAAUUCGUGUUUCGAAGCAAUGAAUACACAGCUUACAACUGAAACUGGAGACAGAUUAUUGGACGGAUUGAGAGUUACUCCUGUAAGAUGGCCGGUGAGGACAAGCAGAUGUUUAAGCAGUUCUGCGAGGAGGGGUUGCCACACGUACUGGAGGCUCUGUCCCCUCCACAGACCAGCGGAGUCAGCCCCAACAAUUUGUUCAUGGCUCCGCGGGACUCCGGCCUGGGGAAUGAUCUGGAUCUGGAACUGGAGGAGGGCAGCUUUGAAGAAGAGGGGAAUAUGGAUGAAGACAGGUGUGGAGCUUUGUGUGCUUGAAGCAACUAUGGGGAGUGAUGCUCGUUCCUGAGGAAUCAGGAGAGAUCUGUGUUCAAGGUUGCUUGAGUUAAAGCUCAGCAGCAUGGAUUUUAACUUGUUUUUUUUUUUCUUUUAUUUCUGGGACUUGACCCUAGCAUGCAGCAAUGCGCUGUCUUACUGCAGCUUGUAAUCCAGAUGGCUGCCCCACCUACUUUUUAUUUUCCUGUUUAUUUUCGGCUUUUAAAUUUGAACCAUCUGUGCACUUGCUGAAGCCACACCCUGGCGUGUUCACUCGGAGGCUCUGUUUGAAAUGUGAAUGUGUUUAUAUACUGACGUUGUAUUUAGAGGACAUCCACACCUUCCAAGUCGUGCCAUGUUCCAGUUGUUUUCCUUCCAGUUGGAAGGCUUUAUAUUGUUUCAUAAACAUGUUGUUGGCCCUGGAUGGGAGGGUGAAGAGCAAUACUGAUGGUCAACCAGCAGGAUCUCACAUUGGUGCUGCAGCCCUCACCCAGCCCUCUGCGUAUAGUCAUGUGUUUUAUAUUAAUGAGUAUUCAGUGGUUCAAGCUUGUAAUAGCUGUCUGUUUAUGUGUGCAGCAUUUAAAAGGCAGAGCUCUGCAGGAUAAAUAUAUCCUUUGUUAAUUAAGAGACAGGCUUAUUGAUAGGGAGAUUUCGAUCACAAUGUUAUCUGUUAAACAAGAUUCCAGUUUUGUUUAAGGACUCUCAUAAGGGCCUGGAUGUUGCUUUGAAAAAAGAUGCAUGUGCAUUUGUCAGUUCAGUUGUUAUCUGGCUUAUAGCUCUGUGUGUGUGUGUGUGUGUGUGUGUGUGAGUUCAGCAAAGUAAAAAUGUAAUUUAAUUGCACCCAACUGCCCACUUGGUGUCCCCAUUUCUCCAUAUCGGAAUCGAGCUGGGCACCCAGGUGAUGCAUACAUGCCAGGAUGUGGUACUCUGCUUGUGAAUACAAGUUAGGGCUGCUGUGGUUUGUAGCAGGAAAUCCAACACGUACCUGUGUUGCUUUUAGCUGUCAGAAUGAACACCCGUCAAUAAUUUGCAAUACGAAUAAAGUAAAUGCUAUCGUGAGACAUUAAACAGUGGGGAGCCUGAUCUCAGUCUGAAAUCAGCCUUCAGUUUCUGAAACGGAAACAGAAAUUACAAGGACUUCAAUAAGCCUUUUCUUUUGCAUUUAGAAGCAUGUGCACCCUUAAGAAUUACAGCCAGUGCUGGAGACUCCCCAGUGCACAGGUCAGGUUUGCACUAGGGUUUUAUUUUUUGCGAUAACUCGAUUAUCAACUCGCAGGUGAUUGAUUUCACAAAGAGAGAUGUUUUUAUUUUUUCUAACCGGGCUUGUUUGCAAACGCAAGCAUUUCUGUGUACAGUAGGUGGUAUUCUCCUAUAUUCUGCUGCAGUGUUUCCUGAAAUAUGUGAUGUUUCAGCAGACCCAUGCCUUGUCAAAUGUUAUAAUGUGUGUCUGCCAAAGGAAGGCUCAAUAAAAUGUCUGUUAAUGUUU